AUGCCUGUGCAUCAUAGGGACCAGCGGCGAGGAGCUGGAGGGGGGUCUACCUAUAAGGUAUUACAGACAAUUGUCACUGACUCCACCAGUGUCAGCCAGGCACAACGCAUCAUAGGCUCGGGGGCCUUUGGUGUUGUUUACGAGGCGAAGGUGCAGGAGACUGGGGAAACAGUCGCCAUCAAAAAAGUAUUUGAAGACAAGAGAUUCAAGAACAGGGAACUUCCUACUCUCAAGCAGCUCAAGCAUCCCAACAUUGUAACGCUAAAGCACGCUUUUCACACCGCAGCGGAGACCCCGACUGAUUUGUAUCUGAACCUUGUGAUGGAAUACGUCCCUGAUAACUUGUAUCAGGUUAUGAAGUAUUAUGCCAAAGUUAAGGACUAUAUGCCCUCGCAACUGGUUAAGUUAUAUUCAUAUCAACUUCUGCGUGCUGUUGGAUAUGUGAAUGCCAAAGGGUUCGCUCAUCGCGAUAUCAAGCCGCAGAACGUACUAAUCUGCCCGUCAACACACACCCUGAAACUAUGUGAUUUUGGAUCCGCUAAGAAGCUCGCCAUGGGGGAGGAUAAUGUGGCAUAUAUAUGCAGCAGGUUUUAUAGAGCCCCUGAACUCAUCUUCGGCUCUACGGGUUAUACAUCCAAAGUUGACAUAUGGUCUACAGGCUGUGUUAUUGCGGAGAUGUGUCUCGGGUGUCCGCUUUUUCCGGGACAAACUGGCGUUGAUCAGCUGGUGGAGAUAAUCAAAGUUCUUGGAACACCAACGGCUGAGCAGGUGGCGGCGAUGAACCCGAAAUAUAAAGAUUUCAACCCAAGGGUAUUCCCGCGUAUAAAACCAAUCGGGCUUGCUAACGCCCUGCGUGGGCGGCCUCAGAUGGACCGAGGCUUUGAAGCUCUACUACGUGUUUUGUUGAGGUUCGAACCAGCGACGCGUAUGUCUCCUAUUCUGGCGCUGUGUUUGGAAUAUUUUGAGCAGUUGAGGAAUCAGAAGGACCUUGGCCAGGAGAUAGAGGCUGCGGGUGGCCUGCCGAAGGAGCUCUUCAAGUUCACCAGUGAGGAGCUCCUAGAAGUUGGUGACUCCAGGCGACUGGCACCUCGGCGUGUUGAGUCACCACAGAUAGUGGCUGGCCCCGACAAUACUACUCAUACCACUCCAUCAUCAUCUUCUUUCAAGUCAGACACGUUUCAACCACUGUCUAAUUCUGCUACUAUUACAACUAAUUCUUCUUGAGCAGCAACAGCACAUACCGUCUUUGCGCCGAUUCUGUAUUCUGUUGCCGUGGUGGUCAUCGCUGUCAAAGGCUGCUUGAAAGUACUAGCAGUAGUUGGUAAGCACAAUAUUACAACAUCUAUAGUUAUAUACGGUAUUAUUAUGCUCUUACGAUUAG